CUCCCUAUAUAACCCCGCGCGCCACCACGCGGCAGCCUCAUCCAUUCCAAGUUUGCAGCCACACACCAUUCCAGCUCCACCACGCGGUCAACCGAGGGAACAACACAUCCGGAUCCGAAAUCUCCCAGCCUCCCACAGCUCCGUCGCGGCUCGUCCCCGUCGAUCGACCUUGCGAUUCCGUUUCUUGCCGCGCGUGCGCGCACCGCACAGCACAUCCAUGGCUGUCGCAGGAGGAGGAGUGGCGCUGAGCCUGCGCGGCCCGUCGGCCUCGGCGUCGCCGGCGGUGGGGCAGCUGCGUAGGGUGUCGUCGUCGCCGGCGGUGAGGUGCGGGGCGACGCGGGAAAGGAUGCCGGCGGCGGCCCCGUACGGGGUGCUGGAGGAGGACCACUACCGGACGCUGAGGCUGAGGCCGGGCGCCUCCAGGGGCGAGGUCAAGAAGGCCUUCCACCGCCUCGCGCUGCAGUACCACCCGGACGUCGUGCGCGGGGGCGGCGGGGACGGACGCCAAGACGACGCCAUCGACUUCGAGCGGAUCAACGCGGCGUACCAGACGGUGAUGCGCAACAUGCAAGAGGCGGAGGCGACGCUCGAGUACUGGCGCCGCCGCUACGGCCUCGCCGACGAGGACCUCGACCGGUACCGCCGCUACCUCAACGACGACGACGAGGACGACUGGUUCUCCGACUUCUGAAAUCUCAAGGGCCGCUUUGCCAUGGCAGAGGCAGCACUGUAAAUAAUUUGUGAACCGUCGCUCUCUGCUUCUCUCCUCUAUUUUAUUGUGGAGGCGAGCUAGAGACGCAGAUAUUCAGGGUUCUGACAAUUGUAAUUGGAACAUUUUCAAUCUCCUUGUCAAUACAAUAAAACAUAGCAGGAAUUAUUCUAAA